AUUAAACUUAUAUAAUAGAAAAAUCAUCAAAAAGUGAUGUCGUCGAAAAUUAAAUUUGUAGCUCUUCUCAUCGUAGUAAUUUCUCUCCUUCUUAACAAUGCGCAAUCCACUCGAGAGAUCCUCUCCGCGGAAAUUUGUGGAUGGAAUGACCCUGCUGUACAUUGUAAGACAAAAGAAGAUUGUUUUGAGAAAUGUGGAGGCAGACCUGCUAAGAAAGUUUUUUGUGUGCGUCCAGGAGACCAUAGCUAUGAUCGUCUGUGUUGUUGUCGCGCUUAACAUGUAAUUUAACUGAGAUCUUGUUUUACUAAAUUUCAGUAUAUUUUAUCCAACCGUUACUGAAGCUUUUGCUUCUGUUCAAUAUAUAAUGACUGAAGCUAACUUUGGUUGGAC